ACCUCAUGCAUAUCUAAUCUAUCUAUCCAUCCCCAUGUACCCACAUCUACCCAUCCAUCCGUCCCUUCUGUCUCUCUCUUUUUACAGCACCCAAAGGUGUGCUGAACGGGCCGUAGUACCAACAGACAGGGCUGGGUCCCUGCUAGGAAGCCCUGGCUGUCUACAGCUACACAGAGGGGAUAGACCGGCCCAGGCACCCAGUGGCCACCCCUCCAGAGGCGCUAAUAAUCACACCUGACUCUAGUUACGUUCCUUCCCAAGCGCCCUAGAGCCGGCGGGUUCCCGUGUGUCCGGCUGGGGUGUGGGGGCAAAGCACGUGUUCAUCGCCCUGCCCGCGAUCGGGUCCGUGGAGCGAGCUGGGAGCGAGCCCAGCGCUGGGGCCGGUUUCUCCCCUCUAAGCACCCUCUGUGUGGGCUCCCCGGCCGGCCGGAGCCGUCUGGAAGGGUUAACAGCAGCUGGGGCAGGUCUGCUGGAGCUGCGGCCCCGCUCUGGAGUCCGGCGAUGCUCACGGCCGUCUGCGGCUCUCUUGCCAACCAGCGCUCGGACACGCCGCGCUCCUCCUCCCCGCGCUUGGACCUGCAGCCCCUGCAGCCCUACCAGCCCCACGCCAGCUCCGAGGCGGGCGGCAACUUCCCCUCCCCUCUCCAGCCCACGGAGGUCCAGAACCUGCCCUUGGUGGGCCCCGGGGUGGAGUUCGCGGCCGCCCCCGGCUAUGAUCUGCAUGGCUCUUCGAGGCUAGACCUGGAUGGUGACAGCCUGCUGGCCCCCGGCACGUACUCCAAGCUCCUGCAGCCGCCUCCCGAAAUGGCCCACCCCUACGAGCCCUGGUUCAGGCCCUCGCACCCCAGCAACGCCACCGAGGACGGCGGCGUGAAUCCCUGGUGGGAUCUCCAUGCCGGAUCCAGUUGGAUGGAGCUGCCGCCGGGUCAAGGCGGCCUGCAAGCCCCUGGCCCGGCGGGCGGACUCCAGCCGGUGCUGGGGGGUUACGGCUCCGCUGAGCACCAGCUCUGUGGCCCACCGCAUCACCUCCUGCCCUCGGCCCAGCACCUGAUGGGCCAGGAAGAGCUGAAGCCACUCGCCUCGCCUCCGGAGCCGCACGUUCCCGAGCAGGCUGUGGACGGUACCGCUAGGCCGAAGAGCUCGAGGCGAUCGGUGCCCCGGAGCGCCGGGCAGGCAGUGUGCCGCUGCCCGAACUGCCAGGAGGCCGAGAGGGUGGGUCCGUGCCCGGAUGGGGCCAAGAAGAAGCAUCUGCACAACUGCCACAUCCCCGGCUGCGGCAAGGCCUACGCCAAGACCUCCCACCUGAAAGCCCAUCUGCGGUGGCACAGCGGGGACCGGCCCUUCGUCUGCAACUGGCUCUUCUGCGGCAAGCGCUUCACCCGCUCCGACGAGCUGCAGCGGCACCUCCAGACCCACACGGGGACCAAGAAGUUUACCUGCCCCGUGUGCAGCCGGGUCUUCAUGAGGAGCGACCACCUCAGCAAGCACAUGAAGACGCACGAGGGGGCCAAAGAGGGAGCGGAGAGGGAGGGCAAGGGCGGGGCAGACCCUCCGGGGAAAGGCAAGAGGGAGCCCGAGGCUGGCAGCUCCAGCCCCGCGACCCAGCCCAACUGAGCUUCUCCCCCUCCGAGAUGCCCCCUCCUCUCUCCGGUACCGCAGGAUGGACGCUCCCUACCCGGCGCCGGGUCUCCCCGGGCGGGGCCGUGGUCCCUGGGCCGGGGCGUACGUGGCUGUGUCCUCCGAGCAAGAAGCUAUUUAUCCUGUAGGAGGAAAGGACGCAAUCUCGGUGCGUUGGGCACGGGGCCUCUCCUCCCACGGGGGGCUGGGAGGGUCCGGCCCGGGGGCUGGUCUCCGAACCGGAAGAGGGAGGGUGUUAAGGGCUGCGACCUUUUUUUGAAGGAUCUGAGUUGAGGGAUUGUGCCGAUGGGGUGGGGGUAGGGGUCAGGAGGAGGGGGCGGCCCCAUGCAAAGCGGUGGGGGGAGGGAUGUCUCCGGCGGAGGCUGGGGCCCCGAGUCCAGAUGCUCCCCGCUGACCAGCAAAAUCCGAGUCUGGAGAGCUGUGCUCCGGGCUCAGCUGGCAGAAGAGGCAGGCAAGACGCUGUAACCGAGGGUCGGUCUUAAACCCCCCAGCUCCCCCAUCCACUGCCCUCUCCCCCUCCCCCUGCCCCAAUCCCCCUCCUCCCCUCCCCCCAUCCACCGCUUCUCCCCUCCCCAACUCCUCUUCCACCCCACCCCACCCCACCCCGCUGCGCACUUCGCACUCCACCCUGCAAAAUGACCCUCCUGGCCCGAUCCCUGCCUGGGAAGCGCCCAGAAGCCAGCUCCUGCCCUGGGGGGUUUUCGCUCGGCUGGCUUGCUCUCGCUGGGCUGCGGAAGCUUCCCCACUUGCUCGGGGAUCCGCCCGCCCGCCCCCUGCUUUGUGCUGCUCCGACUUCUGGCACGAGGGAGGCUGCUUGGAAGGAACAUCAAGCGGGACCCGGAGCAGCGAGGACCCUUCCCUCUCGGCCGCAGCCGUCCAGACACGUCUGCGGCCAAAAGGGGAGGGUAAAACAGUGGGUUGGGAAAGGCUAGUUUACAAACCGCUCGCCCCAAAGGGAACCCCUUGGAGAGGGGGAGCAGAGGGGUUCACUGCUCUUCCUCCUCCAGUAUGCCCCCUUAGCCCCCUGCACAGGAACAGCCCCCCGCCAUUCCCCAGGACCUGUACGAGCUGGGAUCGGCCCUUAGAAUCACAGCCCCAACACUACAGCGGUCUGACCUGACGCAGCGCUACUGACCCGGCGUGGUUUGGGGCAAACCUGUCCCUGCCCCGCUACCCGGGGCGGGGGUGGGGGGAGGUUGACCCACAGGCUCCUGCAGGGGGGUCCAGCUGCGCUGCCCAGCUCAUGGAGUCUAGGGGACAAGCUGGCCCCGGGGGGGAACCCGCCCGAGUCAGGGGCAUUGCACUUGCUUGGUUCUAGGUGCGGGGGCAAAUCCCCCACCCCGAGAGUAGCUUAGCCAACCUCAGCCUCUCCUCUCUCGCCACCUCCCAUUAGAAGGCCCCGUGUUUAGCCAUUACAGCCCCGUUCCCGGCUUUCGGUCCCUGCAGCCACUGUUACAAUCCUCCGAAGGGACAGGGGUUCUCAGCCCGAGCAGGGGGCGGUUCCACAGUGGAGCCCCUGGAUGUUCAGGCCCUCUGAAUCUGCCCCAGGGGGUUCCCACGGGGGUCCGGGCUCUGUUGCGUGACCCCUGCCCCCUCCUGCUUUUGGCUGCGCUGGGAGGACAAUCGUCCCCGGGUGCAGUGGGUGAGUCCAGUCAAGGCUGGCGCCCAGGGACAGGGGCCGAGCGGCAAAGUAGAGAGCCUUCUCGUGGCGGGAACCCACUCGCCCCACGGGGAUGGGUGUGGGGGGAGAAACCCCGCGAUGAGCCACCCGGGUGUGGGGAGCGUCGCUCUGGGCCGGGGAUGCGGGGGGAAGCCUUGAGGGGGGAGGGGGCCUGCGCCGAGGCUGCUGGGCGAGUUGUGCAACGUGCCGGCCUUUGUGCGAUUGCCCAAGGUGUGCAGCUGCUCCUUUCCCACGCCCACCCCUCUCCCGGCCGUCACCCGCUCUCCCCCGGGUGAGGUGAGCGUUGCGUUGGGAAGCCAGUGGAGCCGGCAGCAGCCAGAUUCCGAUCCUAUGGCCCAAUCGGGCCAGGCAGGGAGGGAGGGGAGCGUCAAACCACCCUCUCCCGUCGCAGCCGGGCUGGGUGGGUCUUGUUUUGCACUGGAAGCUGAAUUCAGGCUGCUCUGAGCCUGAUCCCAUGCUCUGCACUCCAGCGAUAUUUAUUGAAUGCCUAGAUUAUCAUUUGUGCUAUGGAAGCUGAUGGGUUGGGAAUUCCACCCCCGCCCUGUUUUUUUUGUUAAACUGUUGAUUUUAAACCAGUUUAUCCCGAAGGAAACUUUUUUUUCUUCUCUUGAUCCUACCUCCUCCCCCCCCCCUUUUUUUUUAAAUGAAGUGGUUGUUUCAUAUAAUUGUUUUCCUAAAUGUCGGCAGAACCCUCGAGCAAGUAAGACUGGCUCUUCUGCCAGCGCAAAUGUAACUGUGGGGAGUGGAGGGUUGGGCCUCUGUCGUUCGAUUUCGGGUGUGCUUUUAAAACACGGCUACGGCUACCUCUAGAUCCAAAAUUCUGGGGGGCCGGAUCCUCAGCUGACGUCUUUCAGUUCCCCUCCCUUCAGUGCGCUGAUCGACACCAGCCAAGAAUCCGGCCUGGGGAUUUUUCACAGCUGAUAUGGUUUGGCCCAUUAUUAAAACAUGGGGUAAUUUGCCAGAUUCAGAGUGGAGUUUGGAGACCAAGAAGCCUCUAACUUCCAGAGUGUUUGGAGAUUGGAGGAGGUUCAAAUCCAUCUCCGGAUAUGAGCCGAGCUCUUUAUCUUAGACUGUUUUAUUAUUAUUAUUUUAUUAAUAUUAUUAUUAAUAAGGUGAAACCAGGCUUUGCCAGUUGGGGAGGAUGGAAGCUUAGAAACGAAGCUCGUUUAAUGUGUAUCUUUGGGGGGAGGGGCAGUUGCCCAGUAUCGGUCUCAAAAACCAGUUGCUCGUCUCUGGUCCCAUCUGGGCUGGGAUCAGAACUGUGCUCGCUGCAGACAUCUUUUGUUAAAGGGUUGAGAAAUUCUGAGACGCUCCUGGAUAGCUGAGGGCAAAGAGCCUCAACGUGUUGCAAGUUUGAGUCUCGUUGGAAUGACUCGUGAGUAAAGGCUGCAGGAUUGGAACCUCCAGGUUGUGAGUUCAAUCCUUGAGGGGGCCAUUUAGGGCUCUGGGGCAAAAAUCUGUCUGGGGAUUGGUCCUGCUUUGAGCAGGGGGUUGGACUAGAUGACCUCCUGAGGUCCCUUCCAACCCUGAUAGUCUAUGAUUCCCUAGCACAGUUUCCUUAACUGGUAUCAAGGCCCUUUUCCUCUCUCAGACAUCCGUCCAUGUGAUUGGCUUAGUCACAUUCCCAGUGCACCCGCUGCCUCUUCCAAAGGAUAAUACUGAUUUUUCAGAUUCUUCUCCAUUUGCAUUUUUACCCUCUCAGGAAAGUGACGACAAAAAACAACUGGGACACCAAACUAAUUCAGACCGAAUGUCACAAUUGUAGAAAUCACAAUUCAUCAGUCACAAAUCAAAUCCUCCUGUUAACUGACUGAUUACCAGACAGAACAGAGAGCGGAAGAGCUGGAUAGCUGCUUCCCUGUGUGAAAAGAGAGGCCUGGCUUAUCCCUCCAUUAACUUCAGGGAUACAACUGACACCUGAUGUAUUUAAAUUUCCCUCCUUGUAAAUUUCAGUGGAGUGUUUUUUUUUUAAAUCACCUUCUAGGUGGAGGAAGAAAUUAAGUUAUUUAUAUUCACCACUGAAAAUCCAAAACCUUCUAACCUUAACUAGAGUCUAUCCCUGUCUGUGCUGUCAUCAAAGAGAGUGUGCUAGAUUCUUGCUAAUAACUAGGCAAAUUAGGUUGGUUAUUUAUGCAGCAAAACCAGUGUGGGUUUAGUUCCAGGUUCAGUGUGUCCUACCCCCAGGAUCAGGAAUUGGAGCUGGGAGAAGUAGGGUUUGCAUCAAUGAUUCUAGUUUUGGUCCAUCUCUAUUAAACCAGAGCCCUGCUUAACUUGGAGCAAGUAUGCAAGUGGCUCCAAACUUUGCCUCUUAGGUCAUGUCUCUAAAAGGACAUUCAGGAAAGUAGUUAAUUUGGAUUAACUAAAGGUGUGAAUUUAACGUGCAUUAGUUAAAUGGGAAUGAAGCUAAAUCAAAUUACUUCUGAAUAAGGCCAUCCACACAGAGGUUUAAUGCAGUUGAACUAAUCCACUUUAAAAAUGAAUUCAGAUUAGUUUUCCUGAACGUCCCAGUGUAGACAAAUCUUCAGGCCCUUGGUUUCUGGGCUUGAUCCAUCUUCCGGUGAAGCUGGUGGGAGUUGGGCUGGGUGACCUGACCCCUUUGUUAGCAGUGACCACAGUUUAAACAUGCUUAUGGUUACAGGUUUCCAUCCUGGAGUGGAUGUAGGGCAUCAUCCCCUGGGAGCUCUGAAGCAGAGCUGGUCUGAUCUCUCCCUCCUGUGCCCCGUGAACAGGUCCUGAGAACACAAGGGCCUUUGGGUGUUGGGGUGGAUUCCUUGGCAUCUGGGCUCAGCUCAUCACAUCUGGCCUGCCCCCUCCAUCGAUAGUGGGCAAAAUCGCUGUUCCCCUAAUAGAAUUGUUUCUGCUGGUGAAGGCUGGGGACAAUCCUGCUUUUUAAAGCAGAGAUCUGAAUUGGUUCCUGGAUCCAAAGAGUCACGUAUAGGAUAGGUCUGUCCCAGGGCGGCUGAACAGUUUGGAAGGGAAAACAGUGGAAGCAGGGGAUUUAGGCAGCUUUCCCCCACCCCCCUCCACCCCCGCUCGCCACCUCCUUCCCUGCAGGGAGGAUGUCUCAGAACCCAGCCCCUGCCCAUCAGGCCUUUGAUUUAUGGGGCAAUGAAGGCUGUAAAACUGGGUGGGGAGAGACUGCUCGCUAGGUCUCCCCGCCUGCUGCAUAGUGGGGAUUUCAGGAGGGGCUUGCUGGUGCUGUGCUCCCGAAUUGGCUAGUUCAAGCAUCUCCUAGCCCUGCACUCUCUCCUUGCCAGGGGACUGCCCAGGUGAGAAACAUACAGGCGUGAAUACCAAGCCAGCUGGGGUGGUGCUGUUGAAACUUGUGCUUCAGGGCAUAAGCUGAUCCCCCAGCUGGGUGGUCGUGGGGGAAUUUCCCCUCUCUGGGGCAGAUACAGCACAGGAGCAUCUGAUGUCGGGUAGCUGAACCACUGGGGGAAGGAUGCUGGGCUGGAUGAGUGUGUUGGUUUGAUCCGGGAGAUACCGGGCUACAGAGAUGAAUUGGUUUGAUUCAGGGAGUGGGGAUACCUGGCCAGAUGGGCCACUGGUUAGAUCUGAAGUGGCAGUGAAGUGGGGAUACCAUAUUGCAGGGGUAGUCAAUAGGUGGACCACAGGCCAAAACCUUACUGCUGUCCAGAUGCUUUUUGAAUGGACCCCUUUUAUUUACUUGCUGUUAUCAUUACUGUUGUUUUCUCUGGAGUCCAGACCUUGACUAGACCUUGACCAAGAAAUGUGGACCUCGAUGAAAAAGAAUUGACUACCCCUGUCUUAUUGGAUGGGUCCAUUGGUCUGAUCAGCGAGGCAGGGAGACUAGGAUAGAUGGACUGAUGGAGUUGGCUAGGAGAUCCGGUGUGGCAGGGAUACCGGGAUAGGUGGGCUAUUGGCUAGAUUUGAUGUGGCUGAAAAACGAUGUUCCAUUGGUCUGAUCGGGGAGGUGGGGUCCCUGGGCUAGAUGGGCCAUUGGCCAGGUCCAGUGUGGGAGACAAGACACCAGACCAACUGGUUCAUUGGUUUGUUCCCAUGUGGCCGUCCGCAAGUAGGAUACAAGGAUGGAAUUGGCGAUGAGUGACACUCCCUGCCACCUCCCAGGAGCAGGUACAAGACAGCGAAGGUUUUGCUGGCUUCCAAUGCCUGAUGUGGGGCAUGGGAGACAGGAGAGGCCGGUGCCCAGUCAUCCAUGGUCAGUUUGGCUAGGGGAGAAGUUGGCUGCUAGUGACCCUGGGUGCUGGGGUGCUUUCCUGCCCCCCAAGCUGUUACCGUAGGAGCCCCACAGAGGAAACCGUGUAGGAUCCUUUGCUGCUAUGAAGAGACCUGGGGUGAUGGCUUGUGGGUUUGUGUUUUGUACCAUAAUAAAGUUGUGUGUUUUCCACAU